AUGAUCAAGCAAAGAAUCACACUAUUAUCCAAUUAUAUUGAGCAAGAAGCUGACACUGAAGGGCUCGAGUUUUCAGAAGAAUUGGUCACUGUCCCCAAGUCAAUCUAUUACUCAAGACAAGAUAGAGUGACAAUCCCUAUAGAGCAUAUUACCCCAGAUCUUGCUCAACAGUUGAAUACACUAGGGAAGCUUCGGAUACAAUGGAAAGCUGCUGGAGCUCAUCCUUCAGAAAUAUUCCAAAACUUUAAUCAACAAGGUCUAUAUAUACAUCUAGUACCAUCAACUUCAUAUUAUCAGGAAUCAAUAGAUAUAUUAAGUCAACAACUCUCUACAUCAUUAGGAUUGGAACCGUUUGAUAAUUCAGAUUUCAUUGUCACUGCUACAUCAGCUACCUAUUAUUCAAACUCAUCAAUUGAAAACAUAAAAUUGACUCAAUUCCUCAGCUCCUUAACACAAUUGGAUCAACAAGAUAUCAACAACAUCGAAGACUUUGAAUUAAACUGGGAUAAAGAAUCAGGGUUGAAACUUCAAUGGGUAUCAUCACCAUCAGAUUUCAAGAUCUCCAAAAGCACUGAAAUUCGGAAAGAAUUAGCCAUUUUACAACCAAAAGAUUUAGUACCAGAUAUCGAAUUAGCAGGUAUAAGAACUGUCUUGGGACAAGACUACUUACCUCCAACAAAGACAUUAAUUUAUAUCAAACCAAGACAUUUCACAACCAAAAAUACCAUACACUAUGAAUUACAAUCACCAAUUGGUCUACACCCAACUCUUAAAUUGAGUGAUCUAAAUUAUACACCACCAAGUGAAAAUUGUAAACUAUUUUGGGUUUCCACAGUUGAUAAUAGAUUAAUAUUUGACAAGUAUCAAUAUGAUGAAAAGAAAUUUAAAUUAUUACAAUCAUGGGGAGAAAUAGACUUAGAGGCACCAGUUUGGAAAGUUUCAAAAUUCGGUUCCAUUCAAUUUUUAGAAGUCUUGAAUAAGACAAAUUUAGAAAUGACUUAUCAUUCAAGAUAUAUUGAACCUUCAAGUGAUGGCAAAACUGUGUUAUUAACUCCAAAUGUCUUUUACGCAUGUGAUUCACCUGAAUUGAUUGAAGAUCAUCAACUUAUUGAAAAGAACCCAUUCGAUAGCUAUGGUCUUGGUUAUGAAUCAUUUUUCGAUAAAGAUACAAUUUUUUUCCAUUUUGAAAAUGAACCUAAAACUUUGGAAUUCAAUAUUCCAACUGCUAAAGUGGAGGAUUUUAAUAGAAUUCAAUUAACAACACUAAGUGUUGUGUCAAUUGGUACUCUUUAUUUAUUAUACAAACUUUUCAGAACAUUCACUACAAAUACGCCUGUUUCAUCAUCCAAAAAAAGUGCAUGA